CCGCGCCUUCCCCCGCCCUGCUCGCCGCGCGCUCGGACCCGGGACGGGACCAGGAUGUGGACUCGCUGGCUCGCGCUCGCGCUGGUGGCCGUGGCCGGGGUCGGCGCCCAGGAAGAACUAAGGAGCAAAUCCAAGGUCUGUGCCAAUGUGUUUUGUGGAGCUGGCCGGGAGUGUGCAGUCACAGAGAAGGGGGAGCCCACCUGCCUGUGCAUCGAGCAAUGCAAACCUCACAAGAGGCCUGUGUGUGGCAGCAAUGGCAAGACCUACCUCAACCACUGUGAGCUGCAUCGAGACGCCUGCCUCACUGGAUCCAAAAUCCAAGUGGAUUAUGAUGGGCACUGCAAAGAAAAGAAAUCUGUAAGCCCAUCUGCCAGCCCAGUUGUGUGCUACCAGUCCAACCGUGAUGAGCUUCGCCGUCGCAUCAUCCAGUGGCUAGAAGCAGAGAUCAUUCCAGAUGGCUGGUUCUCUAAAGGCAACAACUACAGUGAAAUUCUUGACAAAUACUUCAAGAACUUUGACAAUGGUGACGCUCGCCUGGAUUCCAGCGAAUUCCUGAAGUUCGUGGAACAGAAUGAAACUGCCGUCAAUAUCAGCACUUACGCAGACCAGGAAAACAACAAACUGCUUAGAGGGCUGUGUGUUGAUGCUCUCAUUGAACUUUCUGAUGAAAAUGCUGAUUGGAAACUCAGCUUCCAAGAAUUCCUCAAGUGCCUCAACCCAUCCUUCAACCCUCCAGAGAAGAAAUGUGCCCUGGAAGAUGAAACCUAUGCAGAUGGAGCCGAGACUGAAGUAGACUGUAACCGCUGUGUCUGCGCCUGUGGGAAUUGGGUCUGCACAGCCAUGACCUGUGAUGGAAAGAAUCAGAAGGGAGCGCAAAUGCAGACAGAGGAGAAGACCAGACUCCUCAAGGAGUCCCAGAAGCCCCAGGAAACAGCCGAAAAGACCAAAAGGGUGAACACCAAAGAGAUCUGAUGCAGAGACAUCUGGAAAACGUGUCUGGACCCUGGCACAUUCUUUUCCUGCGCUGAGUCCAGUAUCUGCAAGUGUCUGCUACAGUCGCCAAAUCACCAGUAUUUGCUUAUAUAGCAGCAAGUUUUAUUUUGUCUGUUUGUUUUGCAAUAAAGGAAAUUGGGUGGCCAGUUAGGAGGGGGAGAGGAUCAUAGCCUUCAUGUCUAGGAGUGCUUCGAUUGAGACAUUAUGAAUGGUGCUGGGGGCUGGAAAGUAAGAAAACUGCAUCAGGUUUGGGAGAGGAACAGAUAGAUCGAGACACCCUGGGGUCUGCCACAGCUAUAAACAUGCUGCCGUAGUGCGCGUGAUGCCAGAGUUCAGUGGGCCGUCCCUGGAAGAGGUGUUGGUGGGGCAGUGAAGAUGCACUCCCAUGCCAGCUCUUUCUGUUGCCACCAUAUAGCAGCCUCAGACAUCUUUCCUUCUCGUGGCCCCGACUAUGGCCUCGGGAUACAUAGCCAUCCUGCUAGCUACCCAGAGACCCUCAGAUCUGAUGGGAUUUCUGAGAGGCUGAACUCAGAUGAAGCAAAUACUUGUUUACUUGGAUCCCCGUGGACACCCAACCAAAAUCUUUCAAUACUUUUUACCAAAGGUGCUAUUUUUCUGUAAAACUUUGUUUGGGCAGGUUGACUUCAUUUUACAUUAUUAUCAUAUUAUUGUUGUUAUUGUUUUUAAGGUUUGACUUUUUUGGCUAGCAUUUGUAAUUCUUUUUCAUUAGUCCUACCAUUUCAAAGGUGGAAGAGCUUGGAGGUACUUCCUGAUGCAGGGACCACUGUACCCCCAGACUCUUCCCUCCCUGCUGCCAGAGCUUGCCCCCCCCCCCCCGACCCCAGCAGUCUACCACAGAAGCAGUGCGUGCCUCCGACAGGAGCCAGGGGAAGAGGCAGGAUCAUACAAUGCUUUCAAGAUCCAAAAGCUCUUUUUAAUUUCCAUUUAUUCUGAGAAGUGCAUGCAAAUUUGUAUUCCAAAGGGUGGAGACAAGUGCAGCUGAGCAAGGCUUAGAUACGCAGCCUAUUCAUCUGCUUACCUUGAGCUAGGACAGUAACCCCAUCCUUGUCUCUUCAGCCUGUUUCUGGGUCUCAGUGUCCUCAAUAAGCAGGCAGGUAGGAAUGCAUUACCCUCUUGAUUUAAGAAUUGAUAAAUUCUAUGACUAGUCAAGAAGAAAUGAGGUCCCUAUGAUAUCUCAUCCUCUCCUAGGAUAAUUGAAAUACUAUUAGAACAAAAAGAAUUAAGUUGUCAAAACAAAAUGACCAAACUUGACCCUGAGGAGUUCACACAGGUGGUACUGUGAUGUAGAGCCUUUAGGGCAAAGCCUGCUCUUCGUCUUUGCAGCUCAUAAUUAACCUCUUCUUGCCAGCAGAAAUAGCUUUCCUUUGAGAAUGAAGACAAAUGAAGGCUUCACGUUUCAAGAAAGAAAUGUGGAAAUUACAUCUUAAAAACGAUUGAGGAGAAAUCAAUAAUUCCUGUGUCUUUUGACCUUAUAAUUUUUAACCCCACCCAGUGUCAUGUGUAAAAUGCAAUUGGAAAAGAAAACCAAGAUAAAAAAUUUGACGUAAGAUCUCUUUUCAGAAAGCAGAUUAUGGACCACCAAAGGGAAAUUGUGCUGAAAAUAAGAUUCGUUCUAAAUCAGUCUCCUUAUUCUGCUCAAGGAGAACAUCCCACUUUGUUUAGAGUUCUGAGCUUUUAUCUCUGAUCCCACUUAAAAGCUGUGUUCAAAGAGAACCUCUCUCUGAAGUACAUCCCACAAUGCAUCUCCCUGUCCAAGUGCCUUGGAGAAGUCCCAAAGCAUGGCUUGAUCAAUUGCCAGCCCUUGUAUACUAAGGGAGAAAAGGCAGGAGUACAAUUUUGUUUAAAGAGAGAAGACAGAGUGACCCUCACAUAUUCCAUGUAGAACAGUGGUUCUUUUCCAAGAGUAACCUACCCUGCGGCAUUGAAUUCCCAGGAACAAAUCUGCAUUUCUCCUAUAAAGAAACUUGUUGCACCAUAAAGUCACAUAAUCUGAUCAUUCAUGGAAAGCUGCUUAAUAAUCUAAUUUGGGGAAUUUUGCUAGAGCUUUGCUUGGAGCAAACAAAUUCAAAGCUGGGCUCAGAAUUUCUGGCUGUGAAGUAUAUGCAGAGACUACAAGCUUCCUUGGGCUGCUGUGUGUAUUACAGCAUCUGCCAAGCUUCUUUGUCCAUGGAAACAUGUCAUGAUUCUGGACUCCUUCACUAUUUUUGAAAGAUAGAGCUCCUUCAUGGGCAAAGCAGCCCCUGUGGGCCAGACUCAAUGUCUUUCCUUUCACUUAUGUUUUCAAAUAGUCGUAUUUCAAGAAAUAAGUUUAAAUAGGUUUCUGUUGCCUAUGUGUUUGUGAAAUGCAUUGUAUUUGGUAGGCUUCCAUAUGCAUUUAACUUGUUUUUGUAUCUACUGGUUUCGGGUCCCCCUCCCAUUUGGAUACUAUUGAUAAAUAAAGAAAAUGAAAACAA